AUGUCUUCCUCCCCACUCCCCUCGUCCAACACAUCCCUAACCUACACGCAACCCUCCACCCCACCACACCUAACCCACUCGCCCCUUGCAAACCCCUCUCCCAACGAACUCCUCAUCCGAGUCCACGCCGCAGCCAUAAACCCCGUCGACAUCCAGCUCUGGAACAACGUGCUCAUCGGGCUCCUCGCGGGCCGCAAAGAAAAAGGCAUAGGCAGAGACUACGUGGGGGAAUCGUUGCCGUCGGCAAAGUCUUGCAAGGGAAGUGGGAAGUUGGCGAGAAGGUAUUCGGGCUGGUUAGUCGGCCGGUAUGCCACUCUACGCAUGCUGGGAUGGGAACGCGAAGGGACCUUCGCCCAGUAUCUCUCCGUCAACGCCUCCACCGACCCCAUUGCACGGAAACCGGCAUGCUGGUCCUACGAAGAAGCCGCUGCUGUCCCGCUGGUUGUCCUAACACCAUUCGCCUGUCUGGACUGGCUACCCCCUGAGAACGAGCACAAUAAAAAGAGACGAGUCGUAGUAACGGGUGCGAGUGGAGGCGUGGGCAUGUGGUGCGUGCAGCUAGCCAAAAAGCUGUACAACUGCCAUGUUAUCGGCAUCUGCUCUGGGCGCAACGCAGAUUUUGUGCGCAGAAUGGGCGCAGACGAAAUCAUCGAUUACACUGCGCAGAAUGUUGCGCAGACAUUGCUGGACGGGCGGCCGGGAGGGAGAAAGUACGAUUUGUAUAUCGACUGCGUGGGCGGCGUGGAGAUGUUCAGGUACUGGCAUGAUCUCCUCCACAAAAACGGCGCCUACAUAACUAUCGUUGGCGACAAAACAAGCCGCACAGCCAUGGGUGGGCCUUUCACCUACCUUACCUACCCUUCACAGAUACUUCAUUUCCUCUACGGCUACCUGUUCGGUCCGCGGUACGCUAAUGUGAUCCUGUAUCAAAAAAGCGAACUACUAGAGAAGACGGUGGAACUAGCGGAGAAGGGCCGAGUGGAGGUCGUGGUGCAGGAGGUAGUGAACGGGAUUCUGAGCGAGGAAGAGUAUAAGGAAGCAUGGGAAAGGGUCCGCAGGUUAAUGGAAGAGGGAAGGGUUAGGGGGAAAGUCGUUGUGAGCAAUGGAUAG